GCAAUCGCCACCGAGUAAAAACAUUGACUGUGUCCGAGCUUCCUCCAGAAGAAGAUUGCUUUCCGUAGUAAACCAGAAAAGAUCGACGAGAGAACAUGUCGUGGCUGCGAACGGCCGUGAGUAAGGCGGUGGAGGUCAAGAACUAUGCCGACUCCGUCGUCCAGCAGGCUGGUCAAGCCGUUGCUGAAGGAGCCAAAUUGUUCCAAGACCGCAUUGGUGUUGGGGCCUAUAAGAGUGUGAAUCAGACGAUCCAGAGACUGGAAGAAGCUGCAGUCUCAUGCAGAGGGCAUGAAAGGGCAUUGCUGAUCACCAGAUGGCUAACUGUGCUCAAGGAGAUCGAUAGAGCUUGUGAAGGUUCUUCCAAGGAUAAAGAUAUGAGUUCUGAUGAAGCAAAGAGACGUGAAUGGGUUUUGUAUUAUGAUCCAGAUAUAAGAGGUGAGCCACUAAACUUCCGUGAUGUUUUCCUGCAAAGUCAAGCUCUGGAGGGCAUCGUUCUGUCCAUGAUUAUUGAACCACCACAUGAUGAAGAAGUUUCUCUACUCCUGGAGAUGUUUGGGAUUUGUCUGAAUGGAGGAAAGGAAGUUCAUGAUGCCAUAGUCAGCAGCAUGCAGGAUCUUGCUACAGUCUUUUCAAGUUACAAGGAUGAAGUUUUGGUUAAGCAGGACGAAUUGCUUCAGUUCGCGCAAAAUGCUAUCACUGGGUUGAAGAUUAGUGCUGAAAUACUGAGGAUUGAUGCUGAAGCUUCUGAUCUUAGAGAAAAACUCGAAAAGAUGAACGUCUCUGAGUCUCCACAGGAGAGUGAAGACAAGGAAGUUAAAAAUGCUCCUUUAACAAUAGAGGCACUUAAACAAACGCUUGCAAAGAUCCGUCUUUGCUCCAGAUUAGAAGGGCUUCUGAUUAGAAAGAGACACCUAAGCAACGGUGAUUCACCAGAUAUACAUGCUCAGAAAGUCGACAAGCUGAAGGUGUUAUUGGAAUCUUUAGCAAAUUCAACUACCAAAGCCGAGAAACGAAUAUCAGAGAACAGGCUUCAGAAAGAAGAGGCGCGUAAAGCUCGUGUGGUGAAAGCAAAUGAAACUGGUGGAAAGGAAAAGGAAUUGGCUGCGGAAAUUGCACAGCUUGUGAAACAAAGAGAUGAGUUGGAAGCUGAACUGAAGAAGGUUAACAUAUCAUUAGCUGCUGCUCAAGCUCGGUACCGUGAUGCGACAGAGGAGAGGGAUCAAUUUGGUGAAGCCAACGAUCAGAUAAUCGCUCACCUGAAAACAAAGGAGGAUGACCUGUCCAAGUCAAUUGUAUCUUGUAAGAAAGAGUCAGAAGUUAUCAAGACCUGGAUUAGUUUUCUCGAGGAUACAUGGCUUCAUCAAUGCUCUUAUACCGAAAAGAAGGAUAAGCAGACUUUGGAUGAGUUGGAGAAGCAUGAGGAUUACUUCUCGGAUGUGGCUUUUAAUAUCCUCUCUACCUACAAGAAGGAGGUGGCACCUUUGAUAAGCCGUAUAGAGAAUUAUGUGGAAAAUCUGAAGAAUCUUGGUCCUGGGUCGGAGAUGCCACCAAAUGCAAAUGAGGGGGAGAAUCAGGUUUCAAGCCCAAGGAAGAGUCUAGAGCAGGAGUAUCUAGACUAUGAGACCAAGAUCAUUACAACCUUCAGCAUUGUGGAUAAUAUGAAAGAGCAUUUCCAGUUCCUCCAAAGCAAACUGGAAAAGAAGGAAGACCGGCGUGUGAAAGAGCUGUUUGAUGACAUGGAGAAAAUGAGGCAGGAGUUUGAAUCGGUAGCAAGGCCAAUAUUAGAGAUAGAGACUCCAUCACCUAAAAGCAGUGCUGCUGCAUCACCCAGUAGUAGCAUGGAUGGUCCAGUUAAAUCUGUAACCCAAAAGCCAGAACUGAGUCCCUCCGAGGCACCAACGACUACUACUGCUGGUUCCAGUAACCCUGAAUCUGAACUAGCCGAGCUUGAAUCUGAAUUUGGGAAGGUGGGUCGUGAUUACUCUGCAGAUGAGGUUGAUGGAUGGGAAUUUGACGAACUUGAGAAAGAACUUCAAUAGUAGUAGUAAUAGUCCAGAAACUCAGAAUAAUAUGACCAUCACACGCGUGCUCACAUACACUUUUAUGUUUUUCUCUUUACCUUCUUUGGUCGUAACUCCCAAGCUCCUUUGCUAAUCUGUAUGGUAACUGCUUGUUGUAUGCCUACUCUGAAUAAACUGAAAGCACCUCACUUGCUAGGCUCGUCAUGUGUUUGUAGUGCUAUGUAGAAAACAUUGUUGAAAUUGUUGGAAACUUCUGAAAGCUCUCAUAUCGGAAAGAUUUUAGUAUA